GAGGAUCGGAGGGCUGGUGGCUCUGUCCUCCCGACCUCUUCGCUGAGGUGUAAUUCACGUGCCACACGUACAAAAUUCGCCCGUGCCGUCCGUCAGCUCUAACCGAUGUGCAGGGUUCUACAGCCGCCCCGCGUGCCCGCGCGCGCCACCUGCUGUGUGGGGCGUUUCCGACGCGCACCGUGGACACGCGACAGCGCUGCGCGCCCGGCGCCUUUCACGAGCCGGGGCGUCCGUGUGCACUGCCGGGCUCUGGGACCGCGGGCGAGCGCUUCGCUGCCCUCCCUGGCACCGCGUCCUCGGCCGCUCCUAUGCGGCGGCGGAAGGAGACUGCCUGGGUGCAGAACAGCGAGGCCGGGAGGACCGGGCCGGGGUCCGGGUGUAGGUUUGGGGUGGGAAGGGGGCCGCCCGCAUCCCGCGGGAACCCCUGGUGAGCGGGCCGGCCGGGCUCGCGGAGGCACAGGGACGCCCGCGAGGGUCGGCGGCGCCUGGCUGCGUUGCGCUCCCGGCCGCAGGGGGCGGCCGGAGCGCGGCCCAAAGCCCUCCGCGGGUUGCUAGGCUGCCAUUUGGCGCUAAGAUGGGUGAGGCGCUGAUUGGUGGGGUCCGGACGAGGCGGGUGUCGGGUGUCGCAGCGACUGGGCCACAAAAAGCGUACCCCGGAACUGCCGUCGCCAAUUGGCCCCGAGAGCACCGGAAAUGCCUGCGCACUGGACAGAAGAGACUGCACUCAAAGGCCGGGGGCACCGCUCAUUGGGCCGACGCUGGAGGCGUGUCUCGACCCGUUGGGUGAUUGGGCGUGGGCCUAGCAGAGACGGCACCGGCGCGGUGAUUGGACGCUGGGACCCCGCGGCCGCGGCGCGCAAUCCGAGGAAAGUCAGUGCAAGCUGCAUGGGACGGCGGCGGCGCAGGGUGGACCGGGGAGCCGCGGUCGGGGCCUUGCCCGAGGCCAUCGCCGCGCUGAGUCGGACGCUGCCCGCUGGGCCCAGCCCCGAGAUCUUCCGCCGCGCCAAGUUCGACCGUCCGGAGGCGGCCCCGGCGCUCUGGCAGCUGCUCUUUCGCGUACUCUCGCCGCUGUCAGCCAACGGCGCCUCGGCGUCCCCAGCCCAGGGCGAACCCCCAUCUACAGAGGCCCAAGUCCGAGUGGUGAAGUCGGAGCUGCACUCCCAGGGCUACCCCAGGCGGGCGCUGGCACAGCUCCCUGAGGACGGCUCCCAGGGCAGUCGCGAGCUUCUGCUGGCCUUGGCCUGGCUUCUGGCCCGCGGGCCCCUGCUCGAGCGGCUGCUGGCCCAGACCCGCGUGCGGCUGGGCGACGAGAUACCCCUGUGCGAGUGUGAAGCCCUGGCCAGGCCUGGCCCCCCUGUACCCCGUGUGGAAGCUGAUGGCCCUGUGGACAUACGCCACUUGCAGUGGCUGAUGGGAAAGCUGCGGUUCCGGUGGCGGAAGCUGAUCACCAGUCAACAGGAGCAGUGUGCCCUCCUGGGCAAGAUCCACUCAUAUACCCGCGGCUGCCACAGUGACCGCAGCCUUGGCCACCUGUCUGUUGCUGAGACCGAGCUGCUCAGGGACGCGGAGGGCGGCCAGCAGCUGCUUCGGAGGCUGGAGAGCGAGAAUGUGCGCCUGGAGGCAGCCCUGCGUUGGAGGCGCCAGGAGCUGGUCUUCUGGCGGUGGAUGGACACAGUCCUGGGCACCUGCCCUCCAGAGGCCUCGCAGCCCACGUUUGUGCCGUGGAUCCCCGAGCGGGGGGCUGGCGAGUGGGAGCUGGUGGCCCGCGAGCUGCAGGCCCUACGGGAGGAGUUGCGUGGAGCCGCGGAGCCCCGGCGGGCAGCCUGGGAGGCCAGGGUUGGAGGCUGGGGGCCCGAGUGGAGUGCGGUGCAGCGGGCCUCACGGGAGGCCGUGGGACUCGAGCUGGCAGCUCUUCAGCGGGCCUGGGAGCAAGGUGGGGCCGCAGCCCAGCCCCACGGGCCCUGCCGGCUGGUGAAGAGUGACGCCGGAGCCUCGGAGGGCCCAGGCCUGCGGGCGGCCCAGGUGAUUGAGGUGCUGAGGAGCCGGGAGGCCUGCCUGGAGGCAGUGCUGUGCCAGCUGCAGAGACAGUGUCGGCAGGAACUGGCCAGGCUGGCGGGAGCCCUGCCCGGCCUCAUCUGGAUCUUGCCACCCGGUCGUUGAGGCCCUGUGCCCGCCUAGAGGGGGACCUGCCCUGACCUGCCCUGGUUGGGCCUCGGAGGGGCAGAUUUCAGGGUGGUGGCGGGGACGACACAGACACAGGGCCCCAGGCAUGGUCUCCCUGAGCCCUGGGGCUGUCCCCACCUGGGGCAGAGCCCAGCCCCUUGGCUAGUAAUACUGGGGGCAGGCAUGACAGGCCCAGUGUGGAGUCCAUGGGCCUUCAGGACCAAGAGAGGACCCAGAAAUAAGUCGUAGAGACCUCUCUGCAGGGGUGAGGCUCCGUUCUGGCCCUCCCUCUGCCACCCUUCCAGGUUCCUAUCUGGGGCAGGUUGGGGAGGGUCCGGUCUGUGCUCGGGCCCAGGGGAAGGGGACCCUGGGGGGUGGUUGCCGAAGCUGGGCUGGUCCAGUGCUGCCCAGGUGCUGGCGGGUCAGGCAUGGCCUGCAACACGGCGUGGGCAUCGGGGUCCUUCGGGGGAUUGCCUCGCAUGCCCCCUACACGCUGUGCCCGGGGCCCCUACUGCACACCCCGCCCUGUGGGUUCCUGGUGUGUGCGUGGGGGGCAGGGACGCCGGCUGGGAGCCUGGGGGUAGGGGGCUCUGCUCCUCUCCUGGGAGCGGUGCUGGGGGUGAGGGGGAGGCCACUGUGGACAGAGGGGGCUUUGUUCCCAAGACCGGUGGGGGAGCUGGGCUCGGCCCUGACAAAGAGCCAUCUGUGUCUGGGGGAUGCGCCCCCAGCUUGCCGGAACAGGCCCCCUCCAUCCUGGGGGCUCAGCCUCUCGGCACCCCUCACCCAGCAGGCGCAGACAGCCGCGUCCCUGCCUCCCUCGCCAGGCUCCCCUGUCCUAGGGCGGUUGAACCCCAGGCUGCUGCUGGGCGGGCCUAGGGGCCUGUCCGCGGCCUCCUGCUGCCAGCCAGUUCAGGCCCGAGGACACUUCCACGCCUGGGCCCCGCAAGAACAUUCUCUCACUGGCUCUUCCUGCCUGGCUGGCAUGUUGCUGGUGUUGCCUGGUCUCGGCCAGCCUGGCCCCACCCCGACCCCCGUCCCUUGGGGGCGUUGGGUUCUCCCCUCCCCACACGGCCCCCUCCCAGCUCCUCACGUGCUCUAGCUGUGGCCCAGGGCCCGCGGGGCCCCGGCCCUCCACCUGCCGCCUCAGUGUGUGAAGUCACUUCUAGAACCCCUGCCUGCUGGGCCCUCCGCCAUCCUCCUAGCCGCUGGACAGGACCCUUCCUGGAAACAAGUCACUCAAAGCUCCCUGUCCUCUGUGAGUGCCGUUGAGUCAGGACACCCAUUGGCCCCCGAGAACGA